AUGCUACAUGACCUCGGCGUCCGGCUCCGGGCACAGUUUGAGGAGAUCGGGAGUAUGGUAGACCUAGAUGCGGCCAUCGGUGUCCAUCGAGUGUCUCUCAAGCUUCGUGUGGAAGGAAACCUUCUCCGAUGUUGGUCCUUGCGCGAGCUGUCGCUCUGCCUUGCGCACCGCUUUCGUCGCACAGGGAACGUCGCCAAUCUCACUGAAGCACUCGAAGUCUGCAAGGAGCAGGUCAGUAUAGCACCUCCGGUCAUGUCCGGGCUUUGCGCUCGUCAACUCGCAGAGUUGCUUCACAUGCGGUCAGAAUACUCGUGCAGCCCUGAAGACCUGGAAGAGGCCGAGCACGUCUUGGACGAGAACUUUGAUCCCUGGGUAGCCGCCGAUGCAUCCCAUGUCGCACUUGACGUUGACUUCCUGAGGUAUUGCUCCGCGAGGCGCCUCGGAUCUCCGGCAAACAUCGAAGAGACGAUAUACGCACUGCGCCAGAAGCUAUCUCAGCAUCCGACAGAGAAGUGGAUCUACCAGUGCUGGCUCGGACUGGCGCUACGCGACCUCUUCGCACGGGUCGGCCUCCGCGAAGAUAUUGACGAGGCGGUCAAAAUGUCGUGCGCCGCUGUUGCCGCAUGUCCCGCCCGACACGUUUCUCGUUCGCUCGUCCUCAGGCAGUGCUCACUGGUGCUAGUAGCGCGAUUUCGCGCCUUUCAACUCGAGGAAGACGCACGGGAGGCCGUAAGGAUCCUCGUGACCGUGCUCAAGAUGCUCCCGCUUGGACAUGGGGAACGCCAUCGAUGCCUGGCAGAGUUGGCACGCCUGUUGCUCGACGAGGGCUCGCCUGUCUACGAUGUGGGCGAGGCAUUAGGUUUUCUGUGUCAGGCAGUGGAGGAUACAUCCGGCAGCCCACGCAGGCGCAUCGAGGAUACCGUGCGGCUGCUUAACGUGAUCAAACGCAGGUCGGGCAUGGACGCUCCCGCGAACGAGGCACUUGUGCGCGUAUAUAUCGGCGGAGUCGGGCUGAUGGUGGACGCGGCGUCGGACGUCGGUUGGACGCCGGAAUCGAGACUUCGCGCUUUGCUAUCCUCCGAUGCGCUGCCCGCGGAGGCGGCAGCGCACGCUUUCAGGUCGCUUCACCAGCAACUUGCGAUAUAUCUACUCGACCGAGGGAGAGCGUCGGUUUGGGCUUGUACCGGGGGUGAAGUAACGCAAAAGAGCCACGAUUUGAGGGGUGUGGUCGCAUUUCAGGCACAGCUGGGGAGCUCGUUGGUGCCCAAGGAAUACGCGGAUAUAUCCUUGGCGGCGGAAAGGGGCCCCGUGGUGCUGCUCCUCGAGAGCGAGGCGGCGUGCUUUGCGAUUGUCAUCAGGUCGCCGACCGAUCAACCGCGGCAGGUACCCCUCGCGUCUGCUUCUUCCAAAGAGCUGGGGCAUGUUAGGUCCUCCUGGGAGAACAUUGCCCGGCGAGCAUAUGGAGAUAUCCAGAAUUCAGUCGCCAUCACCGGUGAUGUGGGCGGUGCCAGAAUUAUGCCCCUCAUGGCGCAGGACUCAAGUGCGGACGAGGAGCUCGUGUCGAUACUGGAGAAUCUGUGGUGGAUGGUCGUUCAGCCGGUUGUGCACGCGCUGGGUUUGAAGGCGAGUAAACUAAACGAAUGGCAUUUCCGUCUUUGCCUGACCAGUGAGUUCCGCAGAGAAGCAGCGGCCGCACACGGCCUCGCCGACUACAUGGUGUCUUCGUAUACCCCGACACUCGCGGCAUUGGUUGACGCUCGCAAGUCUUACAGAUCCCGGGGAUGUCAUGACCCCGGAGGGACUAGAAUGCUCCUGACCGGCGUGGCGGAACCCAAGCAGGGAUGGACAGAUCUGGCGCUCGUGGCGGACGAGCUUACGGAGGUCGCGAACGCCGUCCCGAACACAGUAUCUGUCUCGCUGGCCCCGUGCGCGGACCCGAGCACGAUCUUGGAUCUCUUUCCGCGCGUGCAGAUCUUCCAUAUCGCCUGCCAUGCGCGGCAGGAUCUGGUCGAGCCACUCGGAGGCGGGCUCGUCGUGCGAGACGGGGUGGUGACCGUGAAAGAGCUUGGCGCUUUGCACGCCGACGACGGGCUACUGGCUUACCUCUCUGCCUGUGGGACCGCGAGGGGCGACCCCGGACAACCGAACCAGACUAUCCACCUUGCCACGGCGGCGUUGCUCGCCGGUUUCAAGAGCGUUGUCGCCACCAUGUGGGAUAUGGACGACGGCGAUGGGCCUGUCGUUGCGGGCGCGUUCUACCGCGCGCUGUUUCGAGACGGAACGGUGGAGCUUGAUCUCGACGCGGUGCCGUAUGCGCUAGACGAGGCCGUUCGAAUGUUGCGAGGGGCUGGGGUGUCUCCGAUGCGCUAUGCGCCCUACAUCCAUUUUGGCAUCUAG